AUGUCUAACACGCGGGUUUUGAUCACUUUCGUCCCCGUUGAAUUUGAAGGAGAAAUCACCCGGUCCUUCACUCUUUCCGAACAGAACCCUUCCGUUAUCAUCGGCCGAUCCUCCAAGCGUGAAGCUCGAAAUCGUUCCCCAUCACACGAAAAUUUCUGGUUCGACUCGCGGGUCAUGUCUCGCGACCAUGCCGAGCUGAUCUUCUGCAACAAGUUCAAAACUGUUUACCUUCGUGAUAUGAUUUCAACGCACGGCACCUACAUCAAUAACCAGCUGUUGACACCCGACGAACGGGAAACAUUGCUGGAUGGAGACACAGUACGUUUUGGGGUCGACGUGGAUCGUGGUGAUGAAGAGUUUCCCGCUUUGAAUGUUCGCUGCCAGAUUGACUGCCUCUCUCAGGUGGCUCCGAAGCCUAGCACCAUAGAAAACCCGGCAAUUAGCAGCUCCGGCGCAAAGAAUCUGACCCGGCCCACCUCUUCCAGCAACACCUUCAGCGUGCCGGAAGAUAGCGAUGUCGAGGAAGUUUCCGCCACAAAGGUCAAUCAUGAAACUCGCCGGGAGAAUGCAAAGCCUGCUUCCCAGAACAGCCACACACCUGUAUCCCCCAUCUCCAAUCCGCAUGGCAUAAUCGACUUGGAUUGUAACCCAGCUGGCCAGCGUGCUCCCCCUUUAGGAACAGUUCCUAAGAAUGCACCCGUCGCUACUACGACCAUUGACUUGAGCGAGGACGGUGAAGAUAAUAGUCGAGAUGCAGAUUCGUGUCUCUCCCCUGGGUAUUUGUCUUCAGAAAUGGACAUCUCGGACGAGGAAUCCGACGUUGGUUCUCCUUACUCUCCAUCACCUUCCAGCGACGGUGCGGACGUCACGCAACAAAACACGUCUGCGCCGGGUGUUUUGAGCGAAACUUCCGAGUCGGAUUCCGAAGCUGAAUGUAUCGACCCCAGCGUUCUCAACCCCAGCGUUCCCACCCAGAGCAUUCCCAACGGUAAAUGCAACUCGGAAACUGUUCAUCAUGAGAAAACUGCCGGUGGCUUCGCGAAUGAGCCGAUCAAGGAAAAGGCCCCAAACCCGUUUAUUUCUCCACCUCCGAAACUUCCCUUCGCGCCGCUCCCUCCAUGGAUUCAGCCUCCUGGAAUGGGAUAUGGUCCUCCUCCACCUCCACUCCCUACGGAGACCAUGUUUACCCCUCCACCACCCUGGGCGUAUCGCUCCUAUGGUCGGUACAACGAUGUCUCUCAGUACGAUGAUAGUCUUGACUACGAUGAUGAACCUCGUUAUGAUGAGGAUUCUCAGUACGAUGAUGGCUAUCAGUACGACGAUGGUCCUUUCUGUUGGAGACCAACACCGGCGCCCCGAAUCCCCCAGCCGGUGUCUGGGCCUCUUCAGCCUGCCACUAGUACUUCUGUGCACGGUUCUUUGCCCAACAAGGACUCCAAGCCGACGUCUGAAGUGGCUCUCGAGAAGGAGCCCGUUCUCAAGAAGUCCGACGAGGAAACACUUCGUACGCCUGACAUGCCAACAAUGAAGCGGAAGGCUUCCCAGCUUGAGCCCAACGAUGUUCAGCAAGAUGUCAAGCUGGCCAAGCUCGAUAAUGUUCCUCAAUCGGAGGUAGCGUCUGCUAUCUUUUCCGCCCUCUCCGAGGCCGAUACCGGGGCCGAACCUCCUCAGAAGCGGGCGAAGACCACUCCCCCCAUGCCAAAGAACCUGACAGGGCUUGCUGCUACUGUGGUUGUUAGCGCCAUGCUUGGUUCCCUGGGGACCAUCGCUCUGCUUGCGGCUCUUCCUGCUGGAUACUUCCAGUAA